GCAAAUAAGAAAAAAGAGAAGGAAAAAAAGAGAGAGAGAGAGAAACAACACCCAACAACUAGGAAGAGGGAAAGAAAGAAACCCACCCACCCACCAAAAAAAAAAAAAAAAAUCCUGUGGCGCGCCGCCUGGUUCCCGGGAAGACUCGCCAGCUCCAGGGGGUGGGGAGCGCGAGCUGCAGGCUGCUGGAGAGCGAGCAGCCCUCGCAGGGAUGGACAUGAUGCUGUUGGUGCAGGGCGCUUGUUGCUCCAACCAGUGGCUGGCGGCCGUGCUGCUCAGCCUGUGCUGCCUGCUGCCCUCCUGCCUCCCGGCCGGACAGAGCGUGGACUUCCCCUGGGCCGCCGUGGACAACAUGAUGGUCAGGAAGGGGGACACGGCGGUGCUUAGGUGUUAUUUGGAAGACGGAGCUUCAAAGGGUGCCUGGCUGAACCGGUCAAGUAUUAUUUUUGCGGGAGGUGAUAAGUGGUCAGUGGACCCUCGAGUUUCCAUUUCAACAUUGAAUAAAAGGGACUACAGCCUCCAGAUACAGAAUGUGGAUGUGACAGAUGACGGCCCCUACACGUGUUCUGUCCAGACUCAGCACACACCAAGGACCAUGCAGGUGCAUCUAACCGUGCAAGUUCCUCCGAAGAUAUAUGACAUCUCAAGCGAUAUGACUAUCAAUGAAGGAACCAAUGUCACCCUCACCUGUCUGGCCACCGGGAAACCAGAGCCUUCGAUCUCCUGGAGGCUUAUCUCCCCGUCAGCAAAACCAUUUGAAAAUGGACAAUAUUUGGACAUUUAUGGAAUUACAAGGGACCAAGCUGGGGAGUACGAAUGCAGUGCGGAAAAUGAUGUGUCCUUCCCAGAUGUGAAAAAAGUGAAAGUCGUCGUCAACUUUGCCCCUACGAUUCAGGAAAUUAAAUCUGGCGCGGUGAUCCCGGGCCGCAGCGGGCUGAUCCGGUGCGAAGGCGCAGGGGUGCCGCCUCCGGCCUUCGAAUGGUACAAAGGCGAGAAGAGGCUCUUCAAUGGCCAGCAAGGAAUUAUCAUUCAAAAUUUUAGCACAAGAUCCAUUCUCACUGUCACCAAUGUGACACAGGAGCACUUCGGCAACUAUACCUGUGUGGCUGCCAACAAGCUGGGCACAACCAAUGCGAGCCUGCCUCUGAACCCUCCAAGUACAGCCCAGUAUGGAAUUACCGGCAGCGCUGAUGUUCUUUUCUCCUGCUGGUACCUUGUGUUGACACUGUCCUCAUUCACCAGCAUAUUCUACCUGAAGAAUGCCAUUCUACAAUAAAUUUAAAGACCCAUAAAAGGCUUUUAAGGAUUCUCUGCAAGUGCUGAUGGCUGGAUCCAAUCUGGUACAGUUUGUUAAAAGCAGCGUGGGAUAUAAUCAGCAGUGCUUACAUGGGAGCGAUCGCCUUCUGUAGAAUUGCUCAUUAUGUAAAUACUUUAAUUCGACUCUUUUUUGAUUAGCUACAUUACCUUGUGAAGCAGUACACAUUGUCCUUUUUUUAAGACGUGAAAGCUCUGAAAUUACUUUUAGAGGAUAUUAAUUGUGAUUUCAUGUUUGUAAUCUACAACUUUUCAAAAGCAUUCAGUCAUGGUCUGCUAGGUUGCAGGCUGUAGUUUACAAAAACGAAUAUUGCAGUGAAUAUGUGAUUCUUUAAGGCUGCAAUACAGGCAUUCUGUUUCCUGUUUCAAUACGAGUCAAUCCACAUUUACAAAAGAUGCAUUUUUUUCUUUUUUGAUAAAAAAAAAGCAAAUAAUAUUGCCUUCAGAUCAUCUCUUCAAAAUAUAACACAUAUCUAGAUUUUUCUGCUCGCAUGUCAUUCAGGUUUCAGGAAUGAGCCUUGUAUUAUAACUGGCUGUGCAGCUCGGCUUCUCUUCCCUGUAAGUUCAGCAUGGGUGUGCCUUCAUAAAAAUAAUACUUUUCUCCUUGUCUCCAACUAAUAUAAAAUUGUUUUGCUAAAUCCUGCAAUUUGAAAGCAAAAGUAAGCUGUCAUGAUAAAGUUAAACUAUAUACGCCAUCUCUAAAGACUGAAGGAGCUAUUGAACUGUAAAAAAAAAUCUCUUCCUCGUUACCAGUGGGGUUUGAGAAGUUUGUCCCACAAUAAACUCAGCUUUUCUAAUGAGAAACAAUUUAAUAACAUAGUACCAUAAAUAUACCAUAUGGCUUCUUUAGUGGUAGCUAAAUGUUAGAUCCUCUGUGGGAAGUAAUUCCCUUCAAAAUUACAGCAUAGUUCACUCAAGGGAUUGCAUAGCAAUACAGAAUCUCUUCCUUUCACUACCCUGAGCCAAAAUUUGUAAGAUGGUGCAUCAGAAAGGACGCAAAGUCCUACCACCUACGAGUGUAAGAGUGGGAAGUGCUCAUAAUUAAUUUGGUGUCAUGGUCGGUGACUUUGUACAACAGAGACAGGGUUCCUGCGGACAAGGGCAUUUUACAUGUUUUCCAUCUGAGAAUAUCAGUUGAUAGUCUGGAAUAUAUGUUAUAGUUUUAAAAAGUUCUAAAACCUACUCUAACAAAUGUCACACAUUGAUAUGUAGGAGAUUAAUCCCCGAAAUAACUAAAUCUUCGAUGAAAUCUUUCUCCAUAGCCAUUUCAGCUCAAAUAAAUGAAGCCAAAAAAAAAAAAAAAACCACCAAGCUUUAUUUCUUCUUACAUGACAUAUGUAACAUAAGAUCAUUUCUAAGAAGACACCAGUGAUUAGAGUAUCUUAAGAUAUAGUGAUGAUUAAAUUAUUGUGAAUAUGAAAGUAUUUUAUUAUAAAGAAUAAAAGCUUACAUUUCUGAAGGAAAAUGCUGUUCCUCUAAGUAUUACAUCACAGGAAAAGUUUGAUGGUUUACUGUUUACUAAAGAAAGACCAUAGCUUUGAAAGCCAUGUUACACGUUUGAUGAAGUUACCAGGGUCAGAACCCCUAGAUUUCUCCAAUCAGUCCCCAUUUGCAAAUCAUAGCAAUGACGAUGACCCUACAAAUAAAAUUAGAGACAAAAAACUUUACAGUGGUUGUACAUAUUUAAGAUAUUUAAUAUAUUGCCCUAGAAGAGAAAGCUUGAAAACUGAUUUUUUCCAGUAAUACUUAGUCCCAAAGUAUACCAUAUAUAAAUCCAUUUUAAUUAGAAAAUGAAUCUGAAAUGAGGGGGCAUAAAUAUACAAAUAUACAGUCUUUCCACAAAACGGCAAUAAUAUGGCACAACACUAUUAAAUCCACCAACUGUAAUGAAUUUAUGGCAUUACUUCACCGAUAUGAUUUAUUUGCUUUUCAAAAAAAAAUUGUCUGUGGAAUUAGCAAGUAAACCACACAGUAUUAUUUUGUAUUGCAGCUUUAAAGUGGCACACUCCGUAAUAAUCUACUUACUAGAAAUAGUGGUGCUACCACAAAGGUGUUAACCAUCGGUGACGUUGUUUGGGAGAAAGAAACAGAUCAAGAAUGCAUAUUAUACAGUGACCGCUUUCCUAGAGUUAAAAAUACCUCCUCUUUGUAAGGUCUGUAGGGUAAACGUGAGGUCAAUUGAGGUAUAAACUAUGGAUGAACCAAAUAAUUAGUUCAAAGUGUUGUCAUGAUUCCGAAUUUGUGGAGUCUGGUGUUUUUCCCAUAGAACGUGACAGAGGUACAGUCAUAGCUCGGUAGCUAUAUGUAUUUGCCUUUAUGUUAGAAGAGACUUUCUUGAGUGACAUUUUUAAAUAGAGGAGGUAUUCGCUAUGUUUUUCUGUAUCACAGCAGCAUUCCCUAGUCCUUAGGCCCCUGGACAGAGUGAAAUCAUGAGUAUUUAUGAGUUCAAUAUUGUCAAAUAAGGCUACAGUAUUUGCUUUUUUGUGUGAAUGUAUUGCAUAUAAUGUUCAAGUAGAUGAUUUUACAUUUAUGGACAUAUAAAAUGUCUGAUUACUCCAUUUUAUCAGUCCUGACUGUACAAGAUUGUUGCAAUUUCAGAAGAGCAAUUUUAUAAGAUUUAUUUAUCUUUUGAUCUAUAAAAAUUCUUUUUAGCUAUUCAUUUCAGCAUAUAUCUUCCAUAAGCUCCCUUUGUGGGAUUCCUUAUGUUACCCCUAAUUUUUUUUCAAAGAAAGAAGAAGAAGAAUAAACAGCAGGUCAAAAAGGACAGUAGAGAGAAGAGAAAAAGAGAGAAAAGGGAAGGAAGUAAGGAGAGGGGGGAAAGGAAGGAAGGAAGGAAGGAAGGGAGGGAGGAAGGAAGGAAGGAAGGAAGGAAGGAAGGGAGGGAGGGAGGGAGGGAAAGAAAAAGGAAUAAGGACAGGAGAAAAGAAAGAAGGAAGGAAGGGAGGAAGUACAUGAAAGGAAGGAAAGAACCAGAAUAUUAGGGUAGUUCACUUACUCAUUUGCAUUAUUAAUUUAACUGCAAGUGGUGUAAUUAUGUUUUACAAUGAUCUCAUUCAAAACAUAAGUCUGGUUACAUCAUUAAGUUUCUAUUAUUUAUUUCUAUUAUUUCAAUUACAUAAUGAAAAGUACUACCCAAGUUCUAUAUUGUGGGUUUUUAUUUUUUUGAGACACCAAAAGAUUUGAGAGAGGAAAUUUUAAACUUAAAGUUACUUUGGGGGGAGUUAUAACUUAACUGAAAAAAUAAUGCUUCAUCAUAACAUUUAUGCUAUGUCUAGAAAGUAGACUAGAGAACUGAAAAAAUUACCAGAUAAUUCAGGGCAAAAUAUAUAUAUAUGCCCUAGAAGAGGGCAAAAUAUAUAUAUAUAUAUCUCCCUAUGUGUGAAUUCAGAAAACUCUGAGCAACUCCAUGAUCAAAGCCAAUCAUCUAUAUUGAUCAAAUUUACUGAACAAUUGUUAAUUUAUCCGUUGUGCUUAGCUUUGUGACACAGCCAAAAGUUACCUAUUUACUCUUUUCAAUAAAAAUUGUUUUUUGAAAUCCAGAAAUGAUUUAAAAAGAGGUCAGGUUUUUAACUAUUUAUUGAAGUAUGUGGAUGUACAGUAUUUCAAUAGAUAUGAAUAUGAAUAAAUGGUAUGCCUUAAGAUUCUUUGAAUAUGUAUUUACUUUAAAGACUGGAAAGAACGCUUCCUGUCUUUUAGUAAAACAUCCAUAUUUCAUAAUCUGAUGUAAAAUAUGUUGUACUGUUUCCAAUAGGUGAAUAUAAACUCAGUUUAUCAAUUAAAA